AGUUCGAUGUUAUGGUGGUAAGGUUAAUGGACGACGAAAAUAGUUUUGGUUUUAUAAAUAUUAGACGGAAGCCAUCAUGUCUAAUUCGUAAAAACAAAAUUUAAGUAAUUUGAUAUUAAUCAAAGUGCAGUGUUAUGUUAUUAUUUUCAAAAGUAAUGUCAUACCACCGUAGAAAAUAUUUUAAUGAAGUUCCUUUGUCAUGAGAAUAGUUUUCCUAUUACAUAUCGAUCGAUUACGAAAGCGCGUUUUUACAUUGUUUUGUGAAUCGCAGCAAUUUAUUUAAUGCUUUAGCAAAUUGUAUAGUAGUACUUAAAUGUGCUUGCGUCAAGAUUUUAUAUAAUUUCCCGUGAGUGUUGAUUUUGUUAUCGUGUUUUCGGUGCACUAGUUUCUCCAAAUUAAAAUAUUUAAAUCACCAUAGAAUUUUAUUAAAUCACAAGUUUUUAUUCACUCCUAAAAUGAGAUUUACAGACUGAGCUGUGUCUGUGAUUGAUUUUAGAUACCACGUCCAUGUAUUGUUGUUCUUUCCUUUCUCGGCUGGGCGUCGGGAUGGCGAGCAUGAGUUCCACGCUCGUCGAAACCGUCUCCAUCAACUAUGAGGACUUCAACGAGAGCUUCCUCACUUGUGGCACAUGUUUAUGCACAUACGACGGAGGAGAACAUACGCCCAAACUUCUGCCAUGUUCCCACACAGUCUGCCUGCACUGUCUCACUCGUAUAGCCGCCUCGCAAACCCGGGACGCGGGCAGCUUCAGAUGCCCCAUAUGCCGCGAACUCAUCACCAUACCCCGCGGGGGAGUGCCCGCUCUGCCCCCUUCGUUCCUCGUCAACCAACUACUCGAUCUAAUGGCAAGACAACGUCGCGAAGUCAUACCUCAAUGUAGCUCGCACCCCGGAAGAGAACUGCUUUUCUGUGAAACUUGUGACUGUGUGUUCUGCAGGCAUUGUGCAGACGGCCCACAUAGCGACACUCCCUGUGACCACACCGUCGUACCAUUUUCUAUAGCGUUAAAACGAAUGUCAGAGAUAUUAUUGUAUAGAGCGAAUGAGUGCCUCAGUAAACUGGGUUCCGCCAGAGAUGCUGUGGCGAAUGAACUGAGAAGGCUGGAAGCGGCCGCCACGGCUGCCGAUGAAGCGAUCGACAGACAUUUUUCAGAGUUGAGAUCGGCGCUUGAUAAGCGACACAGUGAGCUAAAGUCUGCCGCAGCGGCUGCCGCUACGCAUAAACGGAAACUGUUAGAGGAGCAAUUGAAGCUUAUUGAUGCUGAAAAGUCAAAGGUGGAAGCAGAAUGCUCAGGGCUCCAGCAGCAGGUGGAGGUCCGUGAAGUGAGCAGCCGCGCGGCGGCCUUAGGCGCUAGACUCGGCGACGCGGCUGCGCUCGCCGAGCCCAGGGAGAACGCCUUCCUAGCCGUCGACUUCGCUCACAACGACGCGCAGCAGAGAUUCGCCGAGUCUUUGGCCGACCUGGGCAGAGUCCGCACCAGCACCACCUUCCCUGGACUCUGCACUUUACAGCUAGAAUCGUCGUGCGUGUGCGGGCUGGAGGUGGUGGUGGUGCUGCGCACGGUGGACUACCACGGUGAGCCGCGCAGCACGGGCGGCGACCCCGUCACAGCCGCCGCCACGCUGGACGGCGCGCCGCUGCCCGUCGCCGUCACCGACCAGGACACGGGACUCUACCGCAUCACCCUCCGGCCGUGGGCAGCGGGCGCGCUGUGCGUGCGCGUGCUGGUGUUCGCGCGCGGCGUGCGCGACUCGCCGCUGCGCGCGACUGUACUCGCCAGUGCUGCGCCGCUGGCGGUGUGGGGCUCCCGCGGCACCGGCAAACACCAGCUCAGCCAACCCGUGGCACUGGCCAGAUGCCCCAAGCGCAGAGAAAUUUACGUUUUAGACGCCGGGAACUCCAGGGUCAAAGUGCUCGAUGAUGAAACGUUUGCAUUUAAAACAGAUAUCAUCAAUGAAGGUUUGGCUGGUCGGAGUUGUACCGGCAUCGCGGUCACGGCAGACGGGAUUGUAGUGGUCAACUGGAGGACGCGAACUAUAACCGAGGUGAACACAGAAGGCACGACGUUGCGCAGCAUCCGCUCGGAGCGGCUGGUGGAGCCGGUGAGCGUGGCGGCGGACGUCAGCUGCCGGCGCAUAGCGGUGGCCGACAACGGCGCCCGCGCCGUCUUCUUGUUCGACGACAGGGGCCACAUUCUGCGGGAGAUUGGCAGCGGCGAACUGGGUCUUGUGGGCGGUCUGGCGCUGACAAAGGACUUGCUCGUUGUGGCAGAUGUUGCUGUCAAGAUAUACGACUUGGAGGGGAAUCUCAAAAACACAUUUGCACCAGUGCCUAAAGGUCGCGGCGGCUACGGCGGCAUAGCGCUGGAGGAGUCGCCGCACGGACUGCGCAUAGUGUGCGCGCGGUCGGUGCGCGGGCGCGCGGCGCUGUGUGUGCUCGCGGCGGAGGGCGGGCGCGCGCUCGCCGCCUGCGAGCUGGCCGAGCGCCGCCCGCGCCGCGUGGCGGGGCUCGCGGUGCUGCGCGGCCGCCGCGCGCUGCUGGCCGACCUCGCCGCCGACUGUCUGCGGCUGCACAGCUACUGGUGAUUGGUGAUGCUGCACGAGUGGAGUGCGUCAACCGAGGAGGAAAGCCUGACGCCGUAUGGCGAAUCGUUAUCGAAUUUCAUGCUAGUCCAAUAUUAUAAUGGAAACGAACUGUUGGCCAUACAUCGCACGCAGCGAGCAAAAGCAUUUGCACCAAAGUUAGCGGCGUACGCUGUGUUAUCCUACGAUAACCAUAGUACUUACAGUAUUUAUUUCGUAUUAAGUCGGCUAAGCUAUGUGUUUGUUUCUAUUUUUUUUUAUGUCGAGUUUACUCGGUGUUAAUUAUGUAUAUUUUUGACUUACGACUGAUUUUUAUAUGAUUUUGUGACUAGUUCACUUAACGUCAGAAAAGCAGGCUACUGCUUAUAGUCAUAAGACUAAGUCAACGUUAUUGCAUUGUUUUGACGACUGUACCUUUAUUACCUUUAAGUACAGGUCACAUUUCGGUUUUUCUAUAUUUUUUGUUUUGUUUUUAAUAAGAUGAAGUCACUCAUCUCAUUUUAUAUAUGUUAAAAUGUAAUGACUCGAAAUUUUUUAUUGGCGAAUUACUUGUAUCUAACUAGUCGUACAACAGUGGCAUUUAUUUGUAUUGAAAAUUAAUCACUAAUAAAUAAUAUAUAUUUAAGGGGAAAUCGGAGGAAUCUCAUUUGGUAAGACUUCACGACAAUAUUUGUUGGCCAUGUUGUUUGAACGUAAUCAUCAAUCACACCAUUUUUCAAUCAAGAAAUUCUCAAAAAGUAGUUAGCUCAGUUUGUUUCUUGUAAGACGAAAGAAAUAAUAUUUAAAUCAUGGCGCCACAUUAUUUAAUAUUUAAUUGUAAUUUUCGAAUAUCACUUACUGCCCAGUACAUAUCGCGUAAUGGGCUUUUUUAUCUGUGAUUUUAACUGCUUAAUUGCAGUAUCUCGAAUUCAAGAACAAAUUAGUAUCAUUUAUCAUAGUUUUUCUCAUAUAAAUUACGUAUAUCAUAUGUAACAAAAAGUGCAUUAUUAAAUUGCUCAAUGGGACUAUAUAACACCAUAUCAUGAGAAAUUGCUUCCAUUUUGCUAGAAACUAGACUUGAAAAUGCGUUAGAAAGAGAUAUAAAAUGAUUUAAUUAGUCAAAAAUGAAGGUCAAUUCAAAAUAAGGCGAUGUAAUAAAGGAAUGAUUACGGCUUAAAUAUGUUUUGUUUGUAUAAUGUUAGUAAUUGAUAUGUCCGUGAUAUGUAAUACAUUUGUGCGAUAUUUAAAACAAAUAUGUACUUGAACAGCAAUAUUUUAUAGAUACAUCGACUAAAGUAAUCCCAUCGAAAUAUAAAUACUCCGCCAUCAGUCCUAAUAAGCUACAAUCGGUGAAGUUAUUUUCACCAUGGCUUCAUAUCUGUAGACACUGUGUAAUAAUAAUCUCAAGUGAGCAUUUUUUUUUAUUAUAACAUCGUGUUUUUCACCGUCAAUCGAGACAACUGUUAUACUACUUAAUCAUAUUUAAAAUAUUAAUAUUAAUUGUAAUAUAACAGUAGAUGCAGAAUACGUUUAACAUCAAAGUGUUACAAUUAACUGUUAUAAUAGUUAUCACUACGAACGAGGCUACGUUAUUUAGUUGUAAAGUUCAUAAUAUAAUGUUCAAUAGUCGUUAUUUAAAAAUGAAAUGUGUAGUUUAUCCGUUAACACCAUAUUAUUUUUAGUCACUGUCAUAGACCCAAUAUAGUAUAGUGCGAAAUAAAAGUUAGCGUAAAAUACUAGUUAUUUUCUGAGAAAACUGAAAUACAGUGCGAAUAUUCAAAAAAAUUAAGUCGUCGAGUCUCACUUGUGACGUUUAAAUCUGCACCAUCUAUCAACAGACAAAGUUGAUAAUGCAGUGCUCUCAGAAAUUAUUUGCUCUUAGUGGGCUGACGCUAAGGUAAUUUUUAUGUAGCCUGUUUAAUACUGGGCAAAGGCCUCCCCUUUAUCAUCUUGUAUUCGUUUGGAACAUUCCGCCGGCGAAUAAUGUUUUUUUGUUUCCAAAUCUACCUUGUUAAUGGCAACGCGCAAUCCUAAUUCCAAUAGAUUGGUUAAUCUAUACCACAUUUGAAUAUUGUCUUUUUAUGUAGAUAUUUUUUAUAUUAUCUCAAAAUUGGUUAUUCACAAAAUACUACAUGUAAAUAUAAAAGUACUAAAAUGUCUAUCCUACCAGAUAUUGUAAAUAAGCACAUUAAACGAAUUUAGAGUAUUUAUAGUCUGUGCUCUACUUCAAAUUAAAGCAGGACUCAAGAAAUUAAUCAACGCAUUUUUCGAAAUAGUUAUUGCAGUGGAUCAUAAAAGUAAAGCAUAAUAAAGGGGUUCACAAGAACGACAGAUUGUGUAAAUAAACUAUUCAUACUAAUAUUUUUACCAGUGCAUAACUUGGGCCUAUACACCUACCCUACGUACGUGUCGACUUAUUCAUAUUACGUUACGAAAUUACGUUCUAUUUAGUAGUUUGAGAGUAUGUCAAAACAAAAUACAUAAUGGCUUAAUCAAACAGUAUGUCUGUAUAGUUACCGAUAUUGUGUUUAGUGCUUGUAGACGAAUGAGAAUCAACUGUGUGGUUUUGCGUUUACUUCGGUCCCUUUGAUCACUCGAGCCAGAUGUUUGAACCAUUCUAUCGAUCCAUUGUUUGAUUGUUGUAUAACGUGUGAAUGUGGUGAUAAAGUAUGUAAACUAAACUCUUUACAAAAUAUCGUUUGCCAUUGUAAUUGCUAGAGUAAUCGAAAUAAUCUGGGUGUCUAUUCUGCUAAAGUUAAUAGCGUCUCAAUAGUCGUUCUUAUUGCGUAUAAAUUAGAACUAUUAUUGAGACGCGAUUUAAAUGAAACAGCAGAAUUUACACCCUGCACGAAGUUCUAUAGACAAUCGAUCAAUAUCUAUUGAAUUAAUUGCUUUAUUUCAGUAUUAAGACAGUUUCGAAAUUGCGAUAACUUCUGUAAACUAAUCACUUAACGCACAGAACACGUUAAGAUAAAUUAGUUUUGUCACAAACUAUUCUUCACUGCCUUUCUCAUACGUGUGCAUUUAUACGUUCACACGAAUUACUUUAAGUUAGGUCGAUGAUUGUUACGAGGUAAAAGUUCCAGUUAAUGUCAGUGAAAACAGCAUAUUGGUACAAAAGUAGAAAAUUAUUUAUUAUAAGAGAGAUAUGAUUUUAUAAAUUCAAUAGUAUCAUCUAAAACUAAGCAUUUCUGAUUUAAUUUGUGUUACUUUUAAAAUGUAUUUUGCCAAAAGAAAGUAUUUUUGAAAAAUAAUGGGAAUUGAUUCUAAAGCUUAUUAUUAAAGCAAACUCAAAAAGCAAAUUCUAUUUUAUCAAAAGCUGUGAAACUGUACUUAAAAAAAUCACAGAGUAUCUCAGUGUAUUGUCUAUAAUGUUACGUUGUGCAGAACACAAUAAAAUGUGAAAAGCUA